GGGACAAGAAAGAGGAAAAAAAAGAUUGGCAACACAUGUUAGCUCAGAUACCAAUCUUUAAAAACAAGAAAAGCAGCACGACACACCUGAGUCACUGAGAGGAAGUUACUGAGGAUAUGCUUGCUCUCUCAUUCGGAGCUCAACCUUUGUCUCUGCCUUACUUUCCUCUCUGUCUCCAGCUAAACCGCAGUCUUGUCCGGCCUCACUUCUGAACUUUCACCUCAUCCUGUCUUCCCCUCUGCUGUCCUCUGGCUGCACUGCAGCUCUUUACUCUGUAGCCCGGACGACUUCUGCGGGAUCCCAGAUACAUCAUUUUGCUGGCUUCACUUCAUCCUACUCAGAAUAUCCAAGGACAUCUUUCUAAAACUCCUUCAGAUGUCCCUGUAGUCAAGACGGUAUUAUUCAUGCUUCUUGACCUGACUCCGGUCCCUUCUCUCCCAGCAUCCCUGCCACACUAUUUGAUCAGGUCACAGCAAAGCACAGAGGUCCUGGAAUGUGCCAGCGUUCCAUUCGUACUUUGUCUGGAAUUCUCUCAUCUACUUUGCUUUUCUGACAAGCAGCUACUUCAGAUACGCCCUCCAGGAAGAAGGCGCUCCCACGAUAUAACCCUGGACAUCAUCUGUAAUACAUGUUAGACUUAGAUGUCUUCCUGCCCAAAGUGUGAGUCUGGGGACACGGAGUAUAUAUGACUCAUGACGGUAUUACCGGUGUCUAGAGUGAGUGACUGUUUCUGGAUGGGAAGAAGAAAUAGUGUAAAAAUCUGUUCACACAUAUUAAUUUAUAAAUUAAACACCAUCAAAAUUUUAAUAAAGACCCUAAGAUGAUUUGGAGGGAAAUGAUACAGAGCAUUAAUAGAAGAUUCUUACAAGAAACCACAGGGGAACAGUUCUGCCAGAUAAUAAAACAUGACAGACAGCAAAAUUAAAAACAUGAUACUAGUCCCAGAUGAAAUAAUUCUGAACAGAUUAUUCAGACCCUAAAAGAAUUUACCAUAUGGGCAUCAGAAAGCCCAGGAAGAGUAAUGAAUUAUUUAAUAAAUGACGUUGAAAUUAGCAGCUGGAAAAGAACUUACAUCCACAACAUGCCAUAUACCAAAGUAAAUUCUAGAUGGAGUAAAUAUUUUAAAAAUUAACAAUAAAAAAGUUUUUAAAAAAAUUCCAAAGCUCUGAAGGGAAGAAAAUGAAAAGCCUCAAAAGAAAAAGAAAAAUAUGCCUGAUGUGCAGGACUUAAAGCUAUUCUUAUGGGAAAAAGUAAGCAAGAAAACAGCCCAUAUAAAAUGAGAAUAAAAGCUUUGAUCAUCAUAAGUGGACCAAAGUCAUGACAAUUCACAAAAUAAAUAAGUGGUAAGGGAUAUUUAACUUUACUAUUUAACAAAAAGAUCAGAAAUGAAUUGCUAUUGCUAAUUAGUAGACAAAACUCGAAGGAAGUCAUGGGGUUAGUAUCACUUGUACAAGGCCUGGUAAUGUUCCAAAACAGCUCAUCGUUAGAACGCUUAGAUGUGCCAGGUCCUGUUCUCAGUGCAUUACACCCAGCAGCAGCAACUGAGGCAGAUGCUGUCAUCUCACUUCACAGAUGAGGAAACAGGCCGCGAGAGGGUAGGGAGCCAGGACACAUCCAGGAAAACGGAACAGCAAGGGCUCCAACAAGGGGGGCAAUCAAGUAAAUGUUCAGUAAACAGGAAAUUGAAUGACCAUUUUUGGCUGUAUUUUAAUUCGGGACAAUCCUAUUUGGAAAAGUAAUACAGCGAAGAUACACUAACCCCACUUACAGUCACAGAACCCAAGGGCAUGUGGUGUGUGGUUGGGGAGGGUAAAACAAUUAUGAGGCAAUAAACGCUUAAGGCGUGGGGAUGUUCAGUUCCUUGUUCUAUUAGUAUUUUGUAUUAGAUACAAAAUUCCUAAAACCGCAAUGAGGCAGCUAUUUAAAACCUUGUAACUAAUGACAAUCAUGAAGACCACCAUGCUGGGAAAAUGCUUGCGACAGAAAAGAGGAUGAACAUGAGGAAAAAAAGAGCAGGACGUAAACUUUAAAAGAAACUAACAUUUAAGUUUUUAGUAUUUUUAACUGUACACAUUAAAAAAGCUUAUACGGAAUAUACUAACUUUGCUCUCACCCCCAAAAAACUUUAUUUAAUGAAACUUCCAAUUAAUGAGACCAGGAGCCAGAAUUGUGCUGCCUUACCACUGCUAUUUGAUCAUCACAACCGCCCAUGCCGCAAGAACUGGUAUCCCGUUUCACAGAUAGGAAAACAGGCUGAGACACGGGAAACCGCUAAGCCGGGGAGGUCACACCUGCAUCCCAGCCCUUGGGCUUCAGUUCCGACUGGCUGCCUAGCUCCCCAGGCCAGAACUCCUCAGGCCGUCUCCCAGAAAACCGAGCUCGCCCCGCCCCCUGGUCACCGCCCACUUCCGCUCCUGCGCACUGGGGCCCUAUAGAGGCCGCGCCGUGUGCAGGACAUGGCGACUUCCCGCUUACCCCCAGCGACGCUGACGCUAAAGCAGUUCAUGAGAAGGCAGCAAGUUCUCCUGCUCUACAGAAGGAUUCUGCAAGCAAUUCGGCAGGUGCCGAAUGAUUCUGAUCGCCAGUACUUGAAGGACUGGGCAAGGGAAGAAUUCAAAAGAAACAAAAGUGCCACCGAAGAGGACGCAAUCCGCAUGAUGAUUACUCAAGGCAAUAUGCAGCUCAAGGAGUUAGAAAAAACACUUGCCUUAGCCAAAUCUUAACUAGAGCAUUAUUUGAAAGAUUUUCAAAGCCUCCAUGUGUUUUGUUGAACUAGAGCUCAACCAAGGGCAGCCCAAAGCCAAGUCACACUGUUUGUAUGUACAGUACUUGACACAGUAUCAGGACGUGGAGCAUGGCGUGUCAGAGAGAGCGAAGAAAUGAGCACCAGAACAACUGCUUAGCACUGAAAACCACACCCCGUAUUUUUGAAGAUGUUUCUGGAUGUUUCAGAAGUUCUUUUAAGAAGCGAAAACCAGUACAACAAAUGGUCAAUUAACACGUAAACAGAUGCUCAACACCAUUACCAUCAGGGACAUGGAAAUGAAAACCACCAUGAGAUUCUGCUUCUCGUCACGAGAAUGGCUGCCUUUAAAAAGGGAGAUAAUAACAAAUGUUGGGGAAGAGACAGAGAAACUGGAACCCUCAUACACUGCCGGUGGGAAUAUAAAAUGGUGCAGCCAUCUUAGAAAACAGACUGUCAGUUGUUCAAAAGGUUAAACAUAGUUACCAUAUGAUUCAGCAAUUCUGGCCCUAGGUUUAUAACCAAGAGAGCUGCAAGCAUGUCUAUAAAAAACGUGUACACGAAUGUUCACAGCAGCAUUAUUCAUAAUAGCCAAAAAGUAGAAACUGCCCAUUGUCUGAUAAUGGUUAAAUUAAAUGUGGUACAAUAAAGUAUUAAUGAAAAGGAACGAAAUACUAAUACAUGCUACACAUGGCUGAACCUUGAAACCAGUCACAAAAGAUCAUAUAUUGUAUGAUUCCAUUUACUUGAAAUGUCUAAAAUAGGCAGAAAGAUCAGUGGUUGUGUAGGAUUGUGGAUGGCGUGGAGACUAAUUGCUACUGGAUAUGGGGUUUCUUUUCUGAGUGAUGAAAAUAUUGUAAAGUUAGAUUGUGGUGUUGGUUGUACAACUCUGUGACUAUACUAACAUCCACGGAAUCGUACAUUUUACAUGUACAGCAUGUGAAUUAUAUCUCAAUAAAGCUGGGUUUCUUCUUCUGAGGAGUUUUUGACAUAUAACAUUGUGUAAGCCAAUAAAGCUAUUUUUAAAAACUGUA